GGUAAGAAUUUGAACACCUCCGCAGUGAAUAUGGUGAGAACGAGCAUCAGUAUGUUGUGAAAACAGGCAGCGACGCACAGGCAUCAUAUGCAGUGGUUUCACAUGAAAAAAAGAUCUUGAAAGUUAUAUGCAUACUUAAAUGGACAACAUGGCUUUAACAAGCAGACCACAGACGGCUCGUCCACAACUAGGCAGCACACAUAUCCUUGUCAAUAAAGAAAAUCCUGAUGGAGCAUUACUCGCCAAAACGGAACUUCAUCGACCUUCAUCACACAUGGGAACUAGGUCAGCCCUUGGAACGAUCGACAACAUCGGACACAAAGUUUCUGCCAUAACGAUAGACCCCAGUAAGAAGACAAAUGCCAUCAAGAAGGAAAUUUUACAGCAGCAACAGAUUGUGACCAGACAGAAAAUGGGGAAAUCUAAGGCAACAUCUUCACUGAAAGACCUUGUAGAAUCAGAGACAAAAGUUGAACCUUCCGUAGAAGCAGUGAAAAAUGUUCCCAAGACUGAGAUUUUACUUGGACCCCCGGAGUCUAUGGACAUUAGUGAAGAUAAACCAGAGGCAUUCUCAAAAGCUUUACUGAAAGUGGAAGACAUUGACGAGAAUGAUAAAGAUAAUCCACAACUUGUCAGUGAAUAUGUGAAUGACAUCUACCUGUACAUGAAGGAGUUAGAGGAAAAGUAUCCAGUGAAGCCAAAAUUCCUGGAGGGUUAUGAGAUAACCGGCAAAAUGCGUGCCAUUCUGAUUGACUGGUUGUGUCAGGUUCAUCACAGGUUCCACUUGUUGCAAGAAACCCUUUAUUUAACUGUAUCGAUCAUCGACAGGUUUUUACAGAUUCACCCAGUGCCUCGUAACAAGCUUCAGUUAGUGGGCGUGACUUCCAUGCUGAUUGCAUCCAAAUAUGAGGAAAUGUAUGCCCCAGAAGUGGCGGAUUUUGUGUACAUCACAGACAAUGCCUACCAGAAAAAGGAUAUCAGGGAAAUGGAAGCCCUGAUCCUUAAAACUCUUGACUUCAGCAUGGGAAAACCUCUCUGUUUGCACUUCCUCAGACGCAAUUCGAAAGCUGGAGGGGUUGAUGCCAGUAAGCACACUUUAGCAAAGUAUUUGAUGGAGUUGACAAUCAUCGAGUACGACAUGGUGCAAUAUAACCCCUCACAAAUCGCAGCUGCUGCCCUUUGUCUUUCAAUGAAAUUAUUAGAUGGAUCAAAAUGGACUGACACGUUAAGUCAUUACAGUUCCUAUUCAGAAAAGGAUCUUCUACCUUUAAUGCAAAAGUUGUGUAGUCUAGUCGUCAAAGCAGAAACAUACAAAUUAACAGCUGUUCGAACGAAAUAUGCCUCAUCAAAAUUUAUGAAAAUCAGCACUAGUUCAGAACUGAAAGGACAAGUGGUCAAAGAAAUGGCCAGUCAAAAUGAACUUUAACUGUUCCCUGGGAAUUUUAUAAACAGGCUGUGAUGUGUGUGUUUUCUGGACAGGAGUGCAUUUAUUGUGGAGCAAAGGAUGAUGUGGGCUCAUUUCACAGUGAUGGAUGCGGUCAAGAGGUGUGGUUGUCUCUUUAGAAUGGAGUGCCCUACAUACAGAAUCUGUUCAUCAUUUCAUGUUAUAAAAUUUUAACUAAAGAAUCUCUUUUAUCAGAUUUUUACUUUCCCAACUAAGUUUUAGAUACAUGAAGCUAGAUUGUCAUUAAUGAAAUGGGUAUUUUACGAUUUCUAUUCAUGAAUUUUUUAGAUUGAGUCUUGUAUUAAAGAAAUAUUUCUGAUUUAGAAAUGUAUGACUGUUCUCGAUUCAGCAUUCCAUCUUUAUUUAUUUAGUAUUGUGUGAAUGACCAGAGUGAAAGGAUAGUUAACUCCAAAUCAUGAUAUUAAUGCUGGAAAAACAUGGGGAUAACACUUUUAUCACUUUUGAUUUCAUUUUCUUUUUCUUUUCCAUUUCACGCUUGAAUAUCAUCCCCUUGUUUUUCCUAAAAACUGAAACUUUAAUCUAAGUAGGUGCUGAACUAUUCAAUCAUGGUAUGAGAAUAUUUAGUUUUCAAAAAAUAGCUGUCUUUGUAUUUCCCUUUGCAACAUAUCAUUAUCUUGAUCAAAAUUAGAAGGGUACUGUACCAAGUUUUAGGACGUUUGGUUUUUAGGAUUGAUCGAUUGAUUGUUAAAAAAUUGUUCAAAGGGCACUUGCUAAAUAUGUAUUGGUUUCAUUGGUCACUAUUUCAAAUUUGUUCCAUAUUUCAAACUUUUCAAAUACAUCCAUUUCAAAUUUUCCCAGUAUUUCUAUUGUCCAUAUUUCAAACUUUCAUUAACUGUCCUCUUAUAUAGACGUUUGCAAGGUAUGAAAAGGUUAGCAUGUGCCCUUUAAUGAUUGUUUUACAUGAAAAAUAUGAAUAUAAAUUUUGAUACUUUUACUUUUAUUCAUGUAUUUGUGUAGCUGAAAUAAAAUUGAAAUAAAACUAAA